UGCCCCUCAGGAAAUGCGUGUCCCCUGCUGUUGAUGAAUAAUUUCACAGUAAUAUGGAUCAUGCUGAAGAGAACGAAACCCUGGCAGCAACCCAGAAGUACUGUGUGGAAAGGCCUAUCUUUAGCCAUCCAGUCCUCCAGGAACGGUUACACACGAAGGAGAAGAUUUCGGAUUCCAUUGGGGAUAAGCUGAAACAGGCAUUCACAUGUACUCCUAAGAAGAUAAGAAAUAUCAUUUACAUGUUCUUACCCAUAACUAAGUGGUUGCCUGCAUAUAAAUUCAAGGAGUAUGUGUUGGGUGACUUGGUCUCAGGCAUCAGCACAGGGGUGCUCCAGCUUCCCCAAGGUUUAGCCUUCGCAACGUUGGCCGCUGUGCCUCCAGUGUUUGGCUUAUAUUCUUCAUUUUACCCUGUUAUCAUGUAUUGUUUCCUUGGAACCUCCAGACACGUAUCCAUAGGCCCUUUUGCUGUUAUCAGCCUGAUGAUUGGCGGUGUGGCUGUCCGCUUAGUACCGGAUGAUAUAGUAAUUCCAGGAGGGGUCAAUGCAACCAAUGGCACAGAAGCCAGAGACGCCUUGAGAGUGAAAGUUGCCAUGUCUGUGACGUUACUUUCAGGAAUCAUUCAGUUUUGCCUAGGAGUCUGCAGGUUCGGAUUUGUAGCCAUAUAUCUCACAGAACCCUUGGUCCGGGGGUUUACCACUGCAGCAGCUGUGCAUGUCUUCACUUCCAUGUUAAAAUACCUGUUUGGAGUUAAAACAAAGCGGUACAGUGGGAUCUUUUCAGUGGUAUAUAGUACGGUAGCUGUGUUGCAGAAUGUUAAAAACCUCAACGUGUGUUCCCUAGGCGUCGGGCUGAUGGUUUUUGGUUUGCUGCUGGGUGGCAAAGAGUUUAAUGAGAGAUUUAAAGAGAAAUUGCCGGCACCCAUUCCUUUAGAGUUUUUUGCGGUGGUAAUGGGAACUGGCAUUUCAGCUGGGUUUAACUUGAAAGACUCAUACAAUGUGGAUGUCGUUGGAACACUCCCUCUGGGGCUACUACCUCCAGCCAAUCCGGAUACCAGCCUCUUCCACCUUGUAUACGUAGACGCCAUUGCCAUCGCCAUUGUUGGAUUUUCAGUGACCAUCUCAAUGGCCAAGACCUUGGCAAAUAAACAUGGCUACCAAGUUGAUGGCAAUCAGGAGCUCAUUGCCCUGGGACUGUGCAAUUCUAUUGGCUCACUCUUCCAGACCUUUUCAAUUUCAUGUUCCUUAUCACGAAGCCUUGUUCAGGAGGGAACUGGUGGGAAGACACAGCUUGCAGGUUGUUUGGCCUCAUUAAUGAUUCUGCUGGUCAUAUUAGCCACCGGAUUCCUCUUUGAAUCAUUACCUCAGACCAUCUGGCUUACCACCUUUGUUUCCUCUUUGUUUCUGGGACUGGACUAUGGUUUGAUUACUGCUGUGAUCAUUGCUCUGUUGACUGUCAUUUACAGAACCCAGAGCCCUAGCUACAAAGUCCUGGGACAGCUUCCUGACACUGAUGUGUAUGUUGAUAUAGAUGCAUAUGAGGAGGUGAAAGAAAUUCCUGGAAUUAAAAUAUUCCAAAUAAAUGCCCCAAUUUAUUAUGCAAAUAGUGACUUGUAUAGCAAUGCAUUAAAAAGAAAGACUAGAGUGAACCCAGCACUCAUAAUGGGUGCAAGAAGAAAGGCCAUGAAGAAGUAUGCUAAGGAAGUUGGAAAUGCAAAUAUGACCAAUGCCAGUGUUGUCAAAGCGGAUGCAGAAGUUGAUGGAGAAGAUGGUACCAAGCCUGAAGAAGAGGAUGAUGAAAUAAAAUACCCGCCAAUCGUCAUUAAAAGCACAUUUCCUGAAGAGCUGCAAAGAUUUAUGCCUCAAGGGGAUAAUGUCCACACUAUCAUUCUAGAUUUUACACAAGUCAAUUUUAUUGAUUCUGUUGGAGUGAAAACUCUUGCAGACAUCGUAAAAGAAUAUGGAGACGUCGGUAUUUAUGUAUAUCUAGCAGGAUGCAGUGCACAAGUAGUGAAUGACCUCACUCGAAAUAAAUUUUUUGAAAAUCCUGCUUUAAAGGAUCUGCUGUUCUAUAGCAUUCAUGAUGCAGUCUUAGGCUGCCAAGUUCGAGAGGUCCUUGGUGAACAAGAAGCCUUGGCUCUUCCUCCCCAGGAGGAUUCAGAGCCAAAUGCCACUCCUGAGACAUAGAGGAGUCAGGGAUGGGUCAGGAGCCUCUUGUGAAAUCACUAAUUUACACAUUUUAAAGACUAGACACUAGGAUCUUUUCUAAGGCUAAAUACUAGUAGUCACAGCUUGGCUUGGAGGGUAAAUGACG